AUAGGGUGUCUAACCUGAUUAAGAUGGUCUUUGAAUUGUGCUGGAGUAUUUUGCACUGACAAACACUACUCAUGUUUUCUUCCAAUUUUUUUUUUAAGUUUUAAAAGGUCAUCUGACAGCUUAGUUAAUUCACAUCUCCUCCCAGCGGGUUGGUUGUACUGUAAUCUGGUUGUAAUCUUCUUAGCUCACACAACGUGCGCUCUGCAGUUUGAAGGUUUCCUCCACAUUUUGUACAGAUCAUUAACUGAAGAUGACAAAAUUAAGGCAUUAGCAAAUAUAACAUGAUGCUCCUGAGGGUGAGUGAUUUUUGUAAAUACUGUACAGCUGUAGCCUAACGAUCAUCAUAAUUGCCACUGCAUUAUCCAAAUGUAGGAAUACAAAUGAUUUAUCACUUGACAUUUAAAUGAUUAGAUCUUUAAUUGAAUUGAUAAUUGGGCGUUUGCAUGCAUGGUUAUGCCUGAAUAUUUUAUUAAGCUGAUGGAAUGAGACCUUGUUUUUAAAUUAUACCCGAGCAGGUUUGUAUUGAGACAGCAAAAUAUGACUAACAAGCAACAUGCUGUUGCCUGAGGAACACAGAUGAGCCUCCAUAUGCUCCAAAAGACGGUACAACCUCAUACAGGAGCAGACUUCCCUGCAUGCUCACGUUUGUUUCUGAGCCCUUCGUUCAGCAAACACUCUUCAAGAGAGAAACAGACUGCACUUUUGAUCUUCCCCACCACCACACCAUGUGGAACAAGAGCAUUUAUUCAGUUUUAGACACUGCAAGUGGCUCAAAAAAUGCCACGAGAGAUACGAGACCAAUUGAUGCUACAGCCCUCAGAUCUCGUAAUACGGCAGCCGAGCGCAAGUGUGUGCAAUGGAAAACCCCAGAGACGGAUUUUACUGAGGAUUCCUCAUUAUCCUCAAUUUCAAAGAGAGACAGCCAGCCGACCUGCUUUAAUUCUGCAGGCAUUGCUUAUAAACCCCAUAAGGAAGCAUGCGCUUUUCAAAGGCAAGAUGAAAGGCUUUCGUCCUCUACCUUUCAUGAGCUUCUCGAGUCCUCGUGGAAGUCUGCAAACUUGCAUUGCUCGAUGCUACACUUCAACACAAGUGAACAUGCAGUCUCUUUUGUUGAACAUCAGACGCCCAACAGAUCUGUAUCCACCUCAGCAGCUUCCUCUCUCGCUGUACCUGAUGUUUCUGAAGGCGAAAGACACGGCAGCUGCGUUCCAAGAGGUAUCAAAAGACAACCAAGAACAGAGCCGUUUCGGUGCUGUAAUACAAGAUUGGGCGCUGGUUCCAUCCAAGACAUUUCUAUACACAGCAAAUCGUCAAAUGAAUCAGGGGAAAAUGAAGAUUUCGUCAGCGACAUGAGGCCUGAUGGCAACAAAUGGGCUUUUGAUAGGCCUACUGAGAUUUGCACUGACCAUAUGCAAACAACGCAAAGAGUUUUUCUUAGAGGAGCAUGCAAACCUCAUCCAGGACCGGCGGGAAGUAGAAAUGAACAAGUGUGUAUUGAUGGGCGAUACUUUAUGUCUCAUCAACAACAUUCACCUUUUGUUAAGUGUAAAGCCAUGACUGCAACAGAAGCUCAGCUGGAUGUGGCACCAGAGGCUCAUGGUGAUGACUUUGAUGAAAAGAAAAUACAAGGAAGGUGUGAGGAUCUGUACAGGUUUCGUCUACAGUUGCGCUGUCUGAGAAUGUGGUCCAAUAGUCUCAGGUUACUCUCUCAAGCCCGCUGUAAUGACAGGAGACGGGCUCUAAGCAAAGCUCUGUAUGCUCUGAGAUGGGCUGUCAACAUGCAUCAUGCUCAAUCCGAUGCAGUGGAGAGGAGGAGAAGCGCUUUUCUGCUCUGUCGGAGUUUUUACCAGUGGAAGAAUCACUAUGAGAGCAGACACCUGAAGAUCUCACGCCAUCAUGAACGCAACACGGAUGCUUUGAGAAAACGACUCAUUCAGCCCAGAAGAACUUCAGUUCUGAUGAGCACAUGCUCCACCUGCAGGAACCUACAUGUGCUCAGAACGGCUGUGAUUCAUCACCAUUUAUCUGUACUGUAUAAGCACUGGCUGCUCUGGAGGCAGAUGUGUUUAAGGCGCUUCUCUGGAAGACAGCAGGAGUGGUGGGCAUGUGUUUGGUGGGACAGGAGACUCCAGAGCAGAGCCUGGACCAUGUGGACACUAACCUGGCAGAGGACACAGCUGGCCACACAUCAGUACAGAAGGUAUUUGUUAUCAUCUGCAUGGAAGUACUGGAAGAUCAGGAACAGUCAGAAGAGGUUGGAGAAGUUGAUUCAGUCCAUUCAGAGGAGCAACCUUCUUCACUCCUUCCAUCUCUGGAAGAAAAGAGCAGAAACCUGUCAAAAAGACAGAGAAAAACAGUUCGUUUUGAGCCGACGCACCCUGCACUCCUGGCACUGCUACGUUCAGAAGAAAAAGCUAACACGAUUUAGCGCCAGAGCCCAAUGGAUGCUUUCCAGGAGAAUGUUAGCAGUAACCUUCAGGAAGUGGAGAGAUGUCUCAGACAGGAUGCAGGACACGAGGAGAUGUCUGGAGAGAGUGCGCCUCCUGCAGGAGAAGGGUAGAAUGCAGGCUACGUUUGCCAUUUGGCUUCAAAGCGCUGGGGUGAGGAAGGAGUUAAGGAGAAUCCGGGAGAAUUCACAAAGAGCUCAACUCUCAUGGUGUUUAUCAGCGUGGAGAGCUCUGGCUCAGCGCAGUGCAUUGCUUCAGCGUUACUGUCUUCAGAGAAAUGCUCUGACACUCAAGACAUGCUUACAGCACUGGAGCAGAUCUCUACAGCUGCACACUCUCCGCAAGCAUUUCCUCAUCCAGCAGUCUCAUACAAGACAGAAAAACACAGGGCGGGGAAAGAUUGUGGCUCAUAUGGUGGAAGUGUUCAGAUGGAAAACAGAUAUUUCAGCUGAAGGACUAUCAACCAGACUUCUGCUCCACAACACUCUUCAAAAGUGGACAGAGAUUUUAGAGAAACACCAGUUGGCAAAAUCUCACAGAUCAGCUCAUGACAGAGCUCUGCAGAGGGCUGUUCUUCUGGAGUGGUACAGACACACUCAGGCUGGUUUCUCUGAUGGAGUUCUGCUGUUCGCUGACAGACUGGCUCAUCUUCAUCCCUCCUCCUCUGCCUCGUCCCCAUCUGGUCCUCUGAUGUCCACCGCUGUGCCUCAGGUUGUGUUACUAAGAGUCGUCGGCAGGAUGAUGCACCCUGAGCUGAGUCUGGCUUUUUCCCAGUGGAGGAGUCUAGUGCACACUAACAGAGAGAGGAGACUGCAGGCGGAUCUCUGCAGAAACAGCAGGAGAUGUGAAGAGCUGACUGUGCUUUUCAGGGUGUGGAGAGCUCAAACACAGAUGCACCGCCGGGCUGUUCGACACUGGGAGAGGAGGGUGAUCUUUCAGUCAGUCAUUCAGUGGAAACAAAUGGUUUGGCAGAGUCUCAAGAAACAUAUGUUGGAGCAGCAAGCGGCAGUUUCUCAUGACAUCAGUCUCCUCACACACUGCUUCUCUACAUGGACCAGACUGGCCAUAGGGCCGCACUGCAAGUGGCAGAAGUGUGCUGUUGAACGAAUGAAGAGCAGAACAGAGAGACACAGACUGAAUGUGAGCUUUUCCACGUGGGUUACGUGUGUCCGCCAGCGGCAGAACGCCAGAGCCUUUUAUAAUCUCACUCUACAGAAGAGCGUGUUUUUAGGUUGGCUGAGGAGUGUUCAGGUCUGUAAGCAGAGGCAGGCACUGGCUCUGUUCUUUGCACACUACAGACUCUUGGGUGUGUGUUUCUGUCAGUGGAGAAUCAUCUGCGCUCAGCAGCGGCUCGCCAACAGCAAAGCACAACACACACUCCACCUGAGAGCCAAAGCCAUCUUACAGCAGUGGAGGAAACAUACACACUUCAGGGCCCGUCGACACUCUCUCCUGUGUGAGUAUGAAGAGAGGAGGACGACUGUCAUGAAGAGAAGAACGUUUCUCAUGUGGAAUCAGGCAGUGGAGCAUUUCAGAGGAGCUCAGCAUUAUCACCAAAGAGCCUUAAAGCACAGGUGUUUCUCUCAGUGGCUCCAUGAGCUCAGGCAUCAGUCAGAGCUGCUGUGUGUGAGCAGAGAGCUGGAGGAGGUCUGGACGCAGAGAGCUGUCUCGCACCUGCAUCUCAUCCGUCUCUGUCUGAGUGUGUGGAGAGAGAGACUCGCUGAGAGGAAGAGGGCCCGUCUGGCGGUGCACAUCACACAGUCCAGAAAACAGAGAAACACGUUCCUGUGCUGGAAAACAGCGUUCAGACAGAGACUCAGGAGCAGAGAUCACUGGACACAGACACAGCAGAGGAGGGUUCUGCUGGCGUGGCACAGACGGACGGUGUCAGCGCAGAGACUGAGGUACAGAGAGGCCUGGUUCCAGUACAGCCGUGAGAUGAGACUGCAGGCUGCUGUAUUCAUGCAGUGGAGAAGAGCACUGAUCCAGGGUCAGCAGAGGCAGUGUGCUCUGGAGAGCCUGCUCAUCAUCUAUCAAAGCAGAGCCAGUGAUCAAGCAUCUGCGGCCACAGAACCGAAAACCAUCACAGCGUUUAACUACAGAUUACUGCACAAGUGGUUCAGGCAUUGGACACAUAGCAGGGAUUUGUUGAAAACAGCAGACAUGUUUUGUAUGAAGAAGAAAAGAAAUGAAGCCCGGUUUGUUCUGAGGGCGUGGUCACUGUGGGCCAAAGAACGCAAAGCACAGAGGCAGAUGGGGGAGGCUGUGAGUCUCUGGCUGGAGGGCAGAGCAGUCUCUAGAAGUUUCCAUCAGUGGGUCAAAGUGCAUCAACAACAGCAGAAAACCUCCCGCCACACACGAACACAGCUUUCACACAGUAUCACAGCAGUGGAGAGAAGAGGAGAGCAGGGACUGACCCGACUGUACUGGACCUGCUGGAAAAACCAAACUGAAGCAUCACUGCUGUACACACAACAAUCUAGGGUCCACAAACUCCUGCAAGAAAGAAGCCAGAACAUACUUGCAACCACCCACCCAGCAAGUAUGAGCGCUCUGUGCUGCAGAGAGCCUGGCUCACCUGGAGAAAGAGACGCAUCAGGAACAGAGUGUCUGCUGAUUGCUCAGCCACCUUUAACAACAUGCUAUUGGCUGAGGUGUUGCGAGUGUGGUGGCAGCGAGCCCAAAGGGCAGACUUUGAGCCCUAACCAGUUCUGUCUGUUUACAAGCAGAGCGUUAACAGAUGGAAACCAGUCAGUGCAGAUCACAGCAGACUGCAGAAACUCCACACAUCACUUAUCCAGUAUUCAGCAUCAGCAACACAUUUACACAUGUUCCCUACAUUCCCAUCACAACGACCUGAAUGUGGGCCUUUUUGACUUUUUUCUCUUUCAACUUUGUUUCAACAUUGUUUGCAGUAGUUGAACAGUGUUUAUAGGGUCUAAUAUGAACAUUUCCAGCCAAUCAGAGCUAAAUUAACCCACAGGGCUUACCAUUGUGAUUGAUUUCAUGCAAGACUGGGCUUUAUCUGCAACAUCUUCCUUUAGCAGUAAUAUUGUUUUAUUAUAUUGAUCAAUAUGUUUCAGACUAAAACAAUGACUUUUAUUUAGAGCUAAACAGCAGUGAGAACCAAGCUGUAGUAGUAUGAGAUGUGGUGGUGUUUUUUCCUAUCUGUUUUAUAGUCAGCCAAGUCCAUAGUGUGGAAAAAGUCACAGCACACCUCUCCUUAAAGGAAUAGUUCACCCAAAAAUGUCAAUUGUAUCAUCAUUUACUCACCCUUGAGUUUUCCAAACCUGUAUGAGUAACAGUAAGGUAUUUUAAAGAAUCUUUGUAACCAAAACAGCUGACGGUCCUCAUUGACAAUAUUUUUCCCCCCAUACUACGGAAGGCAAUGAGGUUCAUCAACUGUUUGGUUAAACUUAUUCUUCAAAAUGUCUUAUUUUUGUGUGAAGCAGAAGAAAGAAGCUCAUACAGGUUUGGAACAACUUGAGGGUGAGUAGAAUAGAAUAGAAUAGAAUUUUUGGUGAACUAUUAAUUUAACUAGCUGUAUGAUUUCAGAUAUCUUUCAUCGCAUACAAAUAUUCAAACUAGUUUUAGUGACUGCAAGAAACUGUUAAUUUAAAUUUAAAAAAAAGGGGGUCUUCGACAUUUUUCAGGGCAAGGACCCCUUAAUUUAAAACAUUCUAAUUUGUGUCUUAACUGUAACCCAUUCAGUGCUGAAAGUGAGCAGAGGGUGCUAAUUGUUAAUUAAUUAUGAAACAGUUCACUAACAUUGUCAUUUUCCUCAAGAUAUUUUCAAAUACUUUAACAUUCUGUCUGUUCAGUCCGCCUCACUCUGAUAUUAGUGCACAGAACUCACAGAACUUCCUUGAGAAAUGCCAGCGGUUCAGAGGGUUCACUUAUAUAACAGCCCUAUAGUGAGUUUAGAAUAAGUGUGUCAGGUUACUGACUCCUCCUCCUCUUCUCAUGCGGAAUGACAAGAACUUUGUGUGUGUGGCACUUAGUUUUCCAAGGUACUAAGCAAUUUUUAUAUACUAUAUGUAUUUAUAUGAAGUAUUGGUAUAGAAUAUUUCCACACUUUCUUUGUCCAAUAAAAUUUUUUUAUUUUUUAUUUAUUUUUUUUUUAAUGGAAGUAUUUGCAAUGCUCUUUGAUGAAUGAAAAUCAACUCUUUUUUUUUUAGUUUCCUGUAAGAGUUUUUACAAAUUCUGGAGAUAUUUCAAUCAUUUUAAUGUGUCCUUGUUAUACAUGCUUAAUGUACUUACUAUAGUAGUAACAGUAAAUUAAGCAUAAUUCUAAACAAUUAACCCUAAACCAAACCCUAACCCCAUAAGUACAUGUUGUUAAUUAAUAUAACUCAGUACUUCCUGUAACAAAGACACCUUAAAAUAAAAUAUGUGCUAUAGAUUUUUUUUUUUUUUUUUUCAUUAUUUACUUUGUAACAAGAACACCUUAAAAAUAAAGUGAAACCAAAACAGUGUAAUUAUACAUUUAAGUACGGAGUAAUAUUAAUUAACUACAUGUGCUUACUAUAUGGUUAGGGUUACUUGGAUGUAAUUAUGCAUAAUUUAUUGUUAUUACAACAGUACGUACAUGUAAUGUGUAACAAGGACACCUGAAAAUAAAGUGUUACCAUUCAUGACUCCUUCCUCAUCCUUGUUUGUUGUGAAAUGCUCUGAAGUUUUAAGACACAUUUUUUUUUAUUUGAAAAUAUUUAUUGCUGAAUAUGAAUGUAACAGCUAAAUAAACUUGUUUAACAAAAAAAUGUUUGAAUUCGGAGAGCUUAAAAACACCCAGAUACUGUAUGUAAUGGAUUCUUACACAUAUACACUCUCAGAAAUAAAGGUUACUUUUCAAAAGGUAAAUUUUUGUACCUAUUAGGUUCAAAUAUGUACACUUUAAGUACUAAUAUGUACCUUUAAGGUACCAAAAUGGACCCUUUAGGUACAAACAUGUACCUUUUGAAAAGGAACCGCCCCAGUGACAGCUUUUGUACCUUUAUUUCUGAGAGUGUAUAGAGAAAACAAGACACUUCUUUUUAAAAAGUAAACUGCACCAACGAGUAAUGCUAAAGAGAAAAAAUCACAUAUGCAUGAACAUGUUUAAUAACCAUGCUUUAAGCACAUGCCUGUUCAAGCAAAAACGAGGUCAAGUUCAUAGCGUUGGCUUCCUUCCAACAAGUGUGAUGUUUCAUGUGAUGGUGAGAUAAGAUGCUGCACGUGGAUUCGAACGUGUGCAACUGUUGAAGUAACUUCAGCUCUUCAGGUUUAACGUAACAUCUGCUGAUGGCAGCGCACCAAUCCUUCACCAUUAUCAACCGCAGUGCGUCCAACAGAGGCAUGGACUUUGAGAUUUAGGUGAACUCCAAAUAUAAAUGUUAUGUGAGUCACAAGCAAGCAAAUAAUUCAGCGAUGAUGUAGAACGUGGACAUGUUUAUUCAGCUUUCUAUUGCCAGCAGAAAAAAAAUGGGCAGACCGCUUUGAAAAAAAUAAAAAAAAGAUUCAAACAUUUAGAUCCAUAAUGGCACCACUUUACCACUGAUUACAAUAGUAAUCACUACCAUUACAAACCAAUUACUCCUCUAGUAUCAAUUCACACGACUGUAGAAAACUAUAAGUUGGAAUCUCACUAAACCUCUCUGGGAAUUUUUUCAUUAUAUUCAUUAUAUAUAAACUCUUUCACUCCCAAUUCGCAUUACUGUAACAUGAAAAAAUAAAUAAAUUGUAAAUUAUUUACUUAUGAUAGUAUUUAUUUAUUUUUACAGUAAUAACACAGUAAUAACCAUCAAAAGUGAAACAUCGAGAUACAUUAAGGUAAUGAGAAUUUAGAGUGAAAAUGUUCUUAAUUGUCAGGUAAAUAGGAAAUGUUUCAUAAUUGUUAAAGGGACAGUUCACCCAAAAAUGAAUCGUCAGCAUUAACUCACCUCAUGUUGUUCCAAAUCCAUAAAACUUGUGCAUUUUUUUCCCCAUCAGUUGAAAGUCAAUGCAUGCAAAACUUUCAAACUUCAAAAAGUACAUAAAGGCAUUGUACAAAAUAUAAUCUUAAUGAAUCGAGCAUUUUACUCACUGCUUCUGUUUACCUACUUACGUGCAUACAUCAAUGUAAAUUAUGUUAAAAAGAAAAAGAAGAAAUUAAAUCUGUUCAUCAUACCUCAGAAGACUUGGAUUGCACCUUUAUUGUUACAAUGUUGAAAGCUUAAACAUUUUGGUUGCAUGGAAUUAUUUCAAUGGAUUGACAAAAAUGAGAGAACAUUAAAAAUGUCUUCAUUUGUGUUCUAAAGAUAAAUGUAAAUCAUAUGGGUUGGAGCAAUUAACAUUUUCAUUUCUGGGUGAACUAUCCCUUUUUUUUUCUUCUUGAUUUUGGAGGAUUUGUGUUGACCUGUUUGACAUAGGAUGUGACAUGUUUUUAUAGGAUUCAUACGCGCUGCAAAUAGAAAAAAACACCUGCAAAUUAAGAAAACAACUUCAUCAAUUUGACAACACACGCGCUGCAAAUGCUCACAACACAACCAAAUAAAGAAACGCGCUGCAAAUGCUCACAACACAACCAAAUAAAGAAACGCGCUACAAAUGCUCACAACGCGCUGCAAAUGCUCACAACACAACCAAAUAAAGAAACGCGCUGCAAAUGCUCACAACACAACCAAAUAAAGAAACGCGCUGCAAAUGCUCACAACACAACCAAAUAAAGAAACGCGCUACAAAUGCUCACAACGCGCUGCAAAUGCUCACAACACAACCAAAUAAAGAAACGCGCUGCAAAUGCUCACAACACAACCAAAUAAAGAAACGCGCUGCAAAUGCUCACAACACAACCAAAUAAAGAAACGCGCUGCAAAUGCUCACAACACAACCUAGGGCUGGGCGAUAUAUUGAACACGAUAUUCAUGCGCAUCUCGUCAGUAAAGCCGGGUCCGUGAUUAGCGCUAAAUCUCCA